UUGAUGUGGCAGCACUAGCGCAUUGCAGAAAAUUUCUUUGCUUGCAAAACAAUAAUAAGCUUUCUUAAUUUUAGUUUAAUAACAAUAGAAAACCAACGACGAGAAGCAGCAUAAAAGCACAGAAAACAUGUUUCGAUCAAGUUUCGACAAAAACUUAGAAAAUGCCACCAGUCACUUGCGUUUGGAGCCCGACUGGCCCUCAAUUCUCCUGAUUUGCGAUGAAAUCAACCAGAAAGAUGUCACCCCCAAAAAUGCCUUCGCCGCCAUCAAGAAGAAGAUGAACUCGCCCAAUCCGCACUCCUCCUGCUAUUCCCUCCUGGUCCUCGAGAGCAUCGUCAAGAACUGCGGCGCACCCGUUCACGAGGAGGUGUUCACCAAGGAGAACUGCGAGAUGUUCAGCAGCUUCCUCGAGUCCACGCCCCACGAGAACGUGCGCCAGAAGAUGCUGGAGCUGGUGCAGACCUGGGCCAACGCCUUCCGCUCCUCGGACAAGUACCAGGCCAUCAAGGACACCAUGACCAUCCUGAAGGCGAAGGGACACACGUUCCCCGAACUUCGGGAGGCAGAUGCCAUGUUCACGGCGGACACGGCGCCCAACUGGGCAGAUGGCAGGGUAUGCCAUCGCUGUCGCGUGGAGUUCACCUUCACCAACCGAAAGCACCACUGCCGGAACUGUGGCCAGGUCUUCUGUGGCCAGUGCACGGCCAAGCAGUGUCCGCUGCCCAAGUACGGCAUCGAAAAGGAGGUGCGUGUGUGCGACGGCUGCUUCGCUGCACUCCAGCGCCCGACGAGCGGCAGUGGUGGUGCCAAGUCCGGACCACGUCCGACGGACAGCGAGCUACCGGCUGAGUAUCUGAACAGCACUUUGGCGCAGCAGGUGCAGACACCAGCCCGCAAGACCGAGCAGGAACUCAAGGAGGAGGAGGAACUGCAGCUGGCGCUGGCCCUCAGUCAAUCGGAAGCGGAGCAGCAGAAGCCCAAGCUGCAAUCCCUGCCAGCCGCUGCCUAUCGCAUGCAGCAAAGGUCUCCCAGUCCGGAGGCACCGCCAGAGCCCAAGGAGUACCACCAGCAGCCGGAGGAGGCUACCAAUCCGGAGCUGGCCAAGUACUUAAACCGCAGCUACUGGGAGCAGCGCAAGAUCAGCGAAUCGUCCUCCAUGGCAAGUCCCUCGGCACCGAGCCCCAUGCCUCCAACUCCGCAGCCCCAGCAGAUCAUGGCCCUGCAGGCCAAGAGUGCGGAUGAAGUGCAGAUCGAUGAGUUUGCCGCCAAUAUGCGCACCCAGGUGGAGAUCUUUGUGAACCGCAUGAAGUCGAACUCGAGUCGCGGCCGCAGCAUCUCCAACGACUCCUCUGUGCAGACUCUCUUCAUGACCCUUACUUCGUUGCACUCCCAGCAGUUGUCGUACAUCAAGGAGAUGGACGACAAGCGCAUGUGGUACGAGCAGCUACAGGACAAGCUCACCCAGAUCAAGGACUCGCGGGCUGCGCUGGACCAGCUGCGUCAGGAGCACGUGGAGAAGCUGCGCAGGAUCGCCGAGGAGCAGGAACGUCAGCGGCAGAUGCAGAUGGCCCAGAAGCUGGACAUAAUGCGCAAGAAGAAGCAGGAGUAUCUGCAGUAUCAACGACAGUUGGCACUGCAGCGCAUCCAGGAGCAGGAGCGCGAGAUGCAGCUACGCCAGGAGCAGCAGAAGGCGCAGUAUUUGAUGGGACAGUCGGCUCCACCUUUCCCCUACAUGCCACCAUCGGCGGUGCCGCAACAUGGAUCGCCCUCGCAUCAGCUCAACAACGUCUAUAAUCCCUAUGCUGCCGGUGUGCCCGGCUAUUUGCCGCAGGGUCCUGCCCCGGCUCCCAACGGACAUGGCCAGUUCCAGGCCAUUCCGCCGGGCAUGUACAAUCCGGCAAUGCAGCAGCCAAUGCCGCCGAAUCUGCAACCCGGCGGAUUAAUGCAACAGCCCGCGCCACCUGGAAAUCCCCAGAUAAUGCCGCCCAUGCCCGAAAAUCAGUUUGCCAACAAUCCUGCUGCUAUCCUCCAGCAGCCGCAAGUCCCGCAAUCGCAGCAGCAUUCGAUUGCCCAGCCUCCUCAAAUGCCAUUCCAACCGCAGCCUCAACAGAUUCCUGGACAGCAGCCUCAACAGAUUCCUGGUCAGCAGCCACAGCAGAUUCCUGGUCAGCAACCUCAGCCAAUCCCUGUUCAGCAGCCCCAGCCACAACCCCAAAUGGGUCACGUUAUGCUGCAGCAGCACCAGGCUCCUCCAGCAGCACAGGCACCUCCAGUCACCGAAAUCGCCAACAAUCAAGUCCAAGCGGUGGCUGCUGCACCUGCUCCGCCGCAAAACGAACCGGGACCCGUGCCCGUUAAGGCUGAGGAGCCGGCUACGGCGGAACUGAUUAGCUUUGAUUAAUCCAAGAGAUGUUAUUCCAUUUGUAUUACCCUUCAGGGCUGGGUCAAACAGUUCUCGUGCGGUUGUUAGGCCAAAAAUGUGUGUUUUGUUUAGUUGAACGCGGUUAUUAGUUACUACUUCAAAAGUUUUUGUUGCGCGAAAGGAACGUGCUAAAUUUUAAGUUUAGACCAAAUUUAUGGAGGUAAAAAGACAGUUGAAAAAUGCUGCACGAGAUCUGUUCCCCGCUCUUUUAUCACGUUUUAACCGACUAAUGUUAUUCCACAAUAAACAUAACUUUGUAUUUUGAGA